GCAAGCCACUGGCCGUGAAAACUCCAUCACAAGAUCAUUUUACUCUUUCCAACAAAAUGAAGUUCAACUCGACCGUGUCUUCUUCCCGCCGAAAGUCCCGCAAGGCCCACUUCGGUGCCCACUCCACCCAACGCCGCGUGUUGAUGAGCGCGUCCUUGUCCAAGGACUUGCAACAAAAGUACAACGUGCGCUCCAUCCCGAUCCGCAAGGAUGAUGAAGUGCUCAUUGUCCGUGGCUCGAACAAGGGCAAGGAAGGCCGUGUGACCCAAGUGUACCGCAAGAAGUUUGUCAUUCAUGUGGAACGCGUGGUCAAGGAGAAGGCCAACGGAUCGGCGGUCAACACUGGCAUCCACCCGUCCAAGGUCGUGAUCACCAAGCUCAAGCUUGACAAGGACCGCAAGAAGAUCUUGGAGCGCAAGAACCGCGCCGUCGGUGACAAGAACAAGGGCAAGUUCACCGAAGCCGAUGUCGCCAUGGCCAACGUGGAUUAAGUACACUCGCCUCUUAUUCUUCUCGGAAAGAGUAAACACGUCGAGGUUUGGGUCGCGCUGUCGUGUCGGAUAAACUAACUGCCUCUAACAACACCACCCCUCUCGAUUGUAA